AUGAUCAAAAGCGUUCGAAUCCCGCAGAAAGACAUCUGGAUGCCUGACAUUAAAUUAUACAAUUAUGCUGAUACACGUCUAGAAGAGAAAAGAGAUGCAUUGGUGGUCCUUGACAGCGAUGCUCAAGAUAAAAAGAAAAGUUGCCUUUUACAAUUAUAUUUUGAUAUUGCCAUGUGUAUUACUGUCCUCUCUCACCAUGGUUCUGUUUUGGCUACCUCCGGAGUCACCAGCCAAAAUGCAGCUGGGAAUGAAUAUUUUUGUUGCCUUCUUCGUCUUGCUACUCUUACUAGCAGAGUCCACACCACCGGCAGCGUCUGCUAUUCCUCUCAUUGGCGCCUACUACUGUUUGAAUAUGGUCCUUAUUACCCUGUCCACGUUUUUUUGUCCGUAAUCGUGGUCAAUCUUUAUUUCCACGGUUCACACUCACGAGUGCCGCCCAUUAUAAAAAAGUUAAUGGUUGAUUUCUUUGGCCGUAUGCUCUGUAUGCAGACACAAUUGUUGACCAAAGAAGAACUGUUGGCUAUCAAGAACCAAAAACUACGAAACAGCAAAUCGUCAAAAGACCGCAAAAAGGCUCAGGACUUUAAGUACGACAAAGUCGGGACAUUUGAAAUGCAAGCAGACGAAAAUUGGCUUCGGAAUCGAAACUCGACUGUUCCAUCACCGAUAGCACCAGUUGUCAAUGGCACUACAUCGUUGACUGCAGAGACCAUGAAUACGGCUAGUGAAGUGGAACCGUCACCAAUCCAGGGCGGUCCCUGGCUAGCAAUAAAUUCAUUGGAAGGUGACGUCAAGGAAAUCAGACGCCACCUACAGGAAAUGACUGAUAAAGUGUCGCAGAAAGAGGCAGGGGAGUUAAUUGCGCGAGAGUGGAAACAUGUCGCUCUUGUUUUGGAUCGGAUCUUCUUUUUUCUCUAUCUCUUCUGUAUCAUUGCUUCGAUUAUGUUUAUAUUUCCGAAGGUUGCAUUUCAUUUGUAA